AUGUCUUUAAAACUUGGUGAUGAAUUUCCAAAUUUUCAUUUAAAAACAUCAGCUGGUGACUUUCAAUUCCACGAAUGGCUUGGAAAUCAAUGGGGAAUAUUGUUUUCUCAUCCAGCUGAUUAUACACCAGUCUGUACGACUGAAUUGUCACGAGCAGCUAAAUUAGCACCAGAAUUUGCAAAAAGAAACACAAAAUUAAUAGGGUUAUCUUGUGACACCGUCGAAAAUCAUCAUGGAUGGAUUAAAGAUUUGCAAUCCUAUGCUGGUAGUGUUUGUUCUGAUGGAGCCUGUAAAACCGUUUCAAGUGGUGAAUUUGCAUUUCCAAUCAUUGAUGAUAGCGAUAGGAAAUUGGCUAAACAACUUGGAAUGAUCGAUCCUGACGAAUUCGAUACAAAAGGCUUACCAUUAACUGCACGUGCUGUAUUUUUCAUUGGACUUGAUAAAAAAGUCAAAGCAAGCUUACUUUAUCCAGCAACAACUGGAAGAAACUUCGAUGAGAUUCUUCGUUUACUUGAUUCUCUUCAACUAUCAGCUCGUUUACCAAUAGCAACACCAGUAGACUGGAAGGUUGGCGACAAAGUUAUGGUUCCACCUAGUGUUAAGGAUGAAGAUGUUCAAAAGUAUUUUCCACAAGGAGUUCAAAUAAAAAAUGAUCUGCCAAGUGGAAAAUCAUACAUUCGUAUGGCUCAAGUUUAA